AUGGGAAACACGGAAGGUAUUCCAAUAAACAGAAUGACAAGCAGUGUUAAAACCAGCAGCAAGGUAUUUGGUAAAGACGAAAGAAAGCUUUCGUGUGAACGCGAAAAGUACCCUGCUUGCGUUGAAGACGAAGUUGAAACAAUUGGCAAUCCUACCGAAACAAUGGCUGCGGAUAACAGUACUCUCGCAGAUGCGGAGAAGGUAAAGCCGUCAAUUCCAAACCCCACAAGCAAUAAUAACAGGUAGGUGAUUUUUUCUUUGAAAUUAUAGUUUUUUUGUUGUUUAGUUCAAGGCCAUUCAAAUUAGGCGAAGGUCAUGACAUUGUUAUAAUUUUGUUUUCGGAGUAUAGUGUCUUUUCAGGUUGCAGUUGGUAGGAAAUAGUAGUAAGCAUCUUUUCUACUCGCAAAUUUCCCCUUUUCAAUAUUUUAAAGCUCAGUAUAAAAAGAAGUUCAAAGUUCGUGUUUUUGGCCAUGAAGGCCAUUUCGUCUGGCUUGCAGACAGACUUGUCACGCGCUCACAGGCCGGCGGCGGCGGUAGGAGUUGUGACAGGUUGUUAAAACAAGUACUCAUCAUUCUUUACACGUAACAUGCACCUGUGUGGCACAAUUAUAACUUUUUCUUAUUAGCUCAUUCUUUAGUGUUAAAUCUUAAUUACACAGUUAAAUACAGAAAUACACUAGUGGUCAGCCUAUUGGUAGAAGAAAUAGAAAAUCUCCAAAAUUGUUCCAUUGCGUGUCAUUAGCUCGUAAGGUCGGUCGAGACAUGCAUAUUAAUAUUUAUUUUUGUAUUUCGAUGAAUUCGGGAGACGUAAACACAGUUACCAGAGCGAUUAAGCAUUACGUACUAUCAAUUGUAUUUUUUCCGCUUUCGACUUUCCUUAUGGAAAAUUUUUAUGAGUAUACUAUCGUUAGAGUUUUUUUUUUUGGCGAUAUAUAUUCAGAUACUAGCGGCUUCGACUUCUAUUACCAGUUGCCAGCUAUCUUCUCACGAAAUUUAAAUACUCUGUCCUUAAAAAAAGGGUCUUUCUGUAAGUGUACCUGUAAGAAUGAAAUACGACCUUUUCUGCUCCUUAUUUGACAGUUUUAAUCCCAUAUGUUGCCGACGUCUGCCUCGAAUUCCCAAUUUAGCUUUUUAUUAGAAGGACAAUACGCCGCAGAUAUAGUUCAAAAGUGAGAACAUGUGAAACUGCUGAACUCAUGCGGCAAUGCAAGUUUUAAGACACGUUGCGGGUGGCCAGGCCACAGCUGACAAGAUCAGAAAUCAGUGACACGGCAUCCGGUCUACACACCGCGCGCCUUACGAAUACAUAGCCGUCUCCAGCCACGGUGUCUCAUCGGUUAAAACCGUUCAAUAGCCAGUCCGUGUGAAAAGGAAAAACAACAACAAAAAUGGAAAGUGGAAAGUUAGAGAGUGGUUAUUUUAGAUUGUAUAAGAACUUCAUUUAAUACGACUGAACUGUAUGGAACUAAUGCUUGACGGAUAUUAAGGUACAGUUUUUCAUUUAACAUGAUUUUAAAAAAAUUAUAUAUUUUGGGUUAUUUCGUAGUCAUACACAGUUUCCGGUUUUGACUAGUACAUAUUUGAGGAGUGUUAGUCAUCGCAAAAUAUAACUUUUUGACGAAGUACAUAAUGACUGUAAUUAAAAACCUUAAACACCAUGCAAGAGAGGAUAAAGCUCAGAGAAUUACUCCCUCAUAUAGGCCCUUUCCCCAUCGUAAUCCCUCUAAGUUAUUUUUAGAUCGUAUUGGUUUUCCUCUAGUCUCCUUGGCAGCCGUUAAACGGCUGCCAAGAAGACUAGUUUUCCUCCGGAGGAUGAUAUUUUCUCGCGUGUUGCGUGGAAGUUUCGUGGAAGAGCGGAAGUGCAAAAACAUCGGCAGGAGAGCGAGAGUUUUGUUUAAUGCGAAACAAGAGAGGAUAAAGAGGAUUUAUCCUCUCUUAAUGCGAAAUGAGAAUAGUUUUUAAGAAUUUUUUCUUCUUUAUUUAAGCAUGUAUCAAUCGCGAUUUGGCAUCGAGAAAAAGAAAAUCGUCUGAAGAUUCACAAAGGAAAUUAAGUUUGUAAUGUAGUGUGGACAGGCGCCGGACAUGACUCAAAAGAGUAUCGUUUAAAACAUCAACGGUCUUGAAGAAUUCUAAUUUUUUACUGAGCAAAUCUUAUUUUGGCCGCUUUGAUUCUCAGUGGAGUCGUACAUUGACAUUAGGGAGCUUUAGCAACGACGACGGCGACGACGGCAAAAAACAAUAGCUUUGAUUAGCAAAACAACAUUUUUGCACGUGCAUCACACUUUUUUUUACAUUUCUUUGCCGUCACUGCACGACUACGACGUGAAAAUGCCUACUUUCACGAUUUAUGGAGAACGUAAACAAGCGACGACGCUGUUUCCUUUUAAAGCCCGGUUAGAAAUCAACUAUGAAUUUCGCUCACAUUUCACAUUUUCAGUGAAUUGGAGUAAACGCGACAAAGUUUGAAAAAACGCGAAUUCAUUUUAAAAGUGACCUUUUCGCUGCUGUCGCCGUCGUCGAUGCUAAAGCUCCCUAUUGAGAACUCAGAGGCUGGUCCGUUUAAUUGACUAUGAUUUUAUUAUUGUAAGCAGCGACCAUUCCAGAAAAUACCAUAACAUACCACAAUGCUCUUUGUUUGUCACCCAAAAAUUUUGCAUAAGCAUUGUCUUCAGUUUCUCUUGGGAGAGAAACUGAAAACAAUGCUUAUGCAAAAUUUUGGGGUGACAAACAAAGAGCAUUAUGGUAUGUUAUGGUAUUUGUCAACAUUGGCAAAGUCAAAAGGACAUGUGAUUGGCUAUCACUCAACCCUCUUGGGAACAACGGGUAUAGGGCCUAUAGAAAAAUAUGAAACGGCAAACUGAUCCUUACGGCAAGGCGAUGAAGAAGUAAACAAAAGAAUAAAGCAAAAAAUAUAUAUUUUGUUUUAUUCUUUUGUUUACUUCUAACCUGAGAUCAGGCUCUAUUUUCGUUUCGCUUUGAAAAUUACAUUCCGGCGGGCAAGGCGAAACGAAAAGAGAGCCUGAUACAAACCUUCUACGAAACGUCUGCCGCCCACUUUUUUGGUUGAUUGACAUUUGCCGAAUCAGCCAGUCAGAAUUACUUCCCUUGCUUGUUUUUCUAGUAUGCAAAUUUUUCACGCGUGGAAAAAAUGCAGACUGGCUGACUUACAUUUUGUAAAAGAUAGCUUUUAUCUGUUAAUCAAAAUGCACCUUGUUAGCGGUCAACAACUUGCAGAGGGAUUCAACUCCGCGAUACACUCACUUUCCGUAAAUAAAGCAAAUCCUGAGAAGAUAUGAUCAACAACCACAUGAAUUUUCUGAAUUUCCAUGGCACAUAGUAAGGCAUAUUUUCCUACCAUAAGACCAUAAAACAAUAAAAAAGACAGCAAAAUCGAUCCUUCUCUCCACCGACGACGGAUCAUUCUCGAAAACAACCACGCGAGGAAUAAGCGCUUUCAACUUCCGGCGUUUCCGACAGCCAAUCAGAUCUUGUGGCAUCGUUCUAACAGCCAAUCAGCGUUACGGCCAAAAUCUGGCCGUAGCGAGCACAAACUUGUAAUAGUUUGUAUCAGGCCCAAUUUCAGCGGUAGCCGUUAGAGAGAAUGUAUGAGAACCGCUCAAAUUGGGCCUGAUCUCAGGUUAGUUUACUUCUUCCUCGCCUUACCGUAAGGAUCAGUUCGCCGUUUCAUAUUUUUCUAUAAGUUUAAUCAGUGUACUGAUCCAGGUCUACAACUGGGAGAUCCAGCACCACUCAUUGGCUUGUUGCUGUGGACUUGAUGAAAUUUUAUAUAUUAUAGGGCCUAUAUGAGGGAUUAGUUCUCUGAGCCUUAUCCUGUCUUGCACCAUGACACUAGUUUUGAAACUCUUUACCUCCGGCAACUCUCCAGGGUAGAGGGGAGGGGGUAAUAAAGGAAGUCCACUGGCUGGAAAUGUGUUGUUUUUUGCCCUUUCUCGAGUCUCCUGCAAUUAUAGUUUUAACAACGAUUCAGUAUCGUUACUCGUAGACCCCAAUCAGCACUAGGAGAGUAAAAGAAAUGACUUUUAACAGAUAUGCGUUUUGUAGAGAAAUAGUUUCAAAUAAUUUAAUAAUCACUAGGUCAAGUGGAACCCCAUUUUUUUUUUUUUCCAUACUCUACAGUCUAAUUGAUCAAGAUUGAUAUCGUAUGGAAAAUAUCAAGAAUCAUUUUUCCAGGUGUCCCGAAAAGGAAGAGAGCAUUAUUUAACAAACAUAAACCCUUCCUCUUUAAUCAAGUUUUAUGUCAUUUCAUUGAGAUUGCUUUUUCUCUACUAGCCAAACGUUUAAGCUCGCGUUAUGUAUGGAAGUCCUUUCUUCACAUGACAGUUGAUGUUCUUUUUGACCCAAUUGUUUAGCUCACCAGAGGGUAACGUGCAACAGAUGAAGAUGUGGGAAGAAGUAGCUUCGAAAUAUCAAGACAUUCUCAACAGAGAGUACCGUAUGCUAAACUUACCUUCUUACUCGGCAAUGUCAGAAGGCAAUGUCUACCUAUACUACGUUCCAGUCAUAAUAAACCCACAGUUUGUGCCCCAGAGUUAUGGUGUUUACAGCCAAUAUCUUAGCACACCAAAAACUGCCGGUGAAACAGGUUCCAAGAAAGAUAUGGUCCACUUCGGUGAUAAUGAUAACGUGAAUGAUAAUUGCAUCAAUACCGUAAAAGAAGAACCUCGUAUGCAUUACGACCAACUCAUAGAAGAUACCGGGGACAACAAAGGACGAUUUCGCACCGAAUAUGUGUCUUGUAAAACAGAAAGCAAGCAAUAUAACGGCGUCAAGUCAUGGCCUUGCUCAACAGAAACUACGGUGAUGACAAAAGCAGAAAAAAACACCAACGCCCUGAACUCUUGUUGUGGUGGACAUGGAAAAGACAUGAAAAAUGGAGGUGAACGCGAAAACACUUCUCAAAAUGGCAGAGGAGAAGAUGAACCGUUUAUUAACAACAUUGAUGACGGCGCGACUGAAGGCUGUAUUCGGAUUUUUAAAGGUUACACGAUAGAGUACCAUCCGCUAAAUAGGGGUAAGCUGCAGAGGUGUUACGUUUCCGAACUGGACAUAAAAAGAGCUGAGAAGAUACAAGAUCUUAAGGAACGUCUCGCUGAACAGGAAGAAGAACUGAAAAAACUCAAACUGAAACCGUCAGCAGAUGAUGUUUCUAAAAAAGGAAAUGUUUACGGGUGUUUUCAGCAAAAAUUGAUGGAUAAUGGAAAAAUCAACGAUUUUCAGGAUCAGAAACCCUGGAAAUUUCUCAAAGAAUUUCCCUCAACUGAAAUUCAUUAUUUUCCUUCAGGUGAACGAAAGACGUCUCCUCGAAGAAAACACGCAAGAAAACAAGCUGUACCACGUAGAAUUGAAGAAAUUCCGAAUAUUAGAAAUGAAAAGGCAGUCCAUAUAAAUAGUGAAACCAAGUGCUCAGAGAGAGAGAAAAAGACAAAGUCCACCCCCUUUAUUCCUGUUUUGAAUGAAGAAAAAAAUUGUAAGGACAAAAAGGAUCAACGAGUUCUUCGCGAAGAAAAAUCCACUCAGAAGCAGGCAAAACCUUCCAAGAAAGCUAGGACUGGAAGAAAACGCAGAAAGACACAGCAGGUUUCAGGCGAGAGCAAAAAGAAACGAUCAAAAGUAACUUGGUGUAAAAAUACUCAAGACGAUGACAUUUGCAUAGAUGAAAACAUGUGUAAAGCUAGGAACCCUCAUGACUUAGCACAGGACGAGUUUCUUUCAAUUUUUGGUUUACUCAGAAAGGAUAGGCAGUAG